CUAAACAGACACACGUCUCUCAGUGGACACGGCCAUCAGAAGACUGAUUCAACAGGGUUCACUGGACUGAUGACAAGGAUGCAACAGUAUUGGACCACGGAGAGAGGUCUAACUGGAGGCACAGACAAUAUGAGUCUGGAGUCAGGGAUGAGUAAUCUGACAUGUGAUUGUCCCAUCGACAGCUUCAAGCACAGUGUGUUUCCUGCUACGUACCUGCUCAUCUUCUUCCUGGGCCUAAUAGCCAACAGUGCCUCCCUCUGGGUCUUUCUGAGCAUGUACAGGAGGAGGAGGAGCAUCACCAUGGUCAACCUGUACAUGGUGAACCUGCUGAUGUCUGACCUCAUGCUGGUGUGCUCUCUGCCCCUGAGAUCAGCAUACUACCUGCUGGACUCCCAUUGGCCGUUUGGGGACCUCACCUGCCGCCUGGUCUCCUACGUAUUCUAUAUCAACAUGUAUGGCUCUGUCUACUUCCUGCUGGCCCUGAGUGUCCUCCGUUACCUAGCCGUAUCAUACCCCUAUACCUUCAUGAGUCUGCAGGGUGGAUCCUGUGGUUGGGGAGGGUGUCUGCUCAUCUGGAUAUUUGUGUCCCUGGCCUCUACACCCCUACUGAGUAUUGGGACUAUCCAGGAGGGGGAAGAGCAGACCCGCUGUCUGGAGCUGGGUAGCAGCUUGGGUACCAUCAUUCUUCUGAACCGUGCUGCCCUGGUGGUGGGCUUUGCCCUGCCCUUCACUGUCAUCUCUGUCUGCUACAUAUGUGUGCUGCUCAGCCUGAGGCAGUGUAGGGCUGGGGUGGAGGCGAUGAGGAAGCCCUCUACAAGAAAGUCUUUUGCCCUUGUCAUCCUCGGUCUCUGCAUCUUCCUGAUCUGCUUCCUGCCCUAUCAUGUGGUGCGAACCCUCUUCCUGGCAGCAGAGCGGAAUGCUCAACUAAAUGGCUGUGAGGAUUCUUGCAGCUACCUCCAGGGGAUUCGGAAGGCUGCCGUGGUAACGCUCUGUCUUGCAGCGGGUAACAGCUGCCUGGACCCGUUCCUUUUCUUCUUUGUGGGAGAAAACUUCAGAGAUUUCUGCACAAAAAAUUGUUGGAGGCAGAGGAGAGUUAUUAACAACACAGAGAGACCAAGGAUUCAAGAGCUGCAGCCCAUAUAAUUAACAGUCAAUUUAUAAUAAACUUGGUACUUUAAGCUUAUCAAAAAUGUUGCAUUCACUUUCACAUUCAAAUCAAAUGUACCCCUCGUCUAUGGAUGGAUGAUUUGUAGUUAUAAAAUUCCUGUAGAGCCAAAUUGUUUGUGCAUUUAUAAUUAUAAUAGUUCUGUGAGCCUAAUAAUAUAAUGCAUGUCAUAACAACAAGAUGCCCAACGUUUCCAGCCAAGCCUCCUCUACCCUCUCUCUGUCUCUCGCAACCCGCAAAAUGUCACUCGCAUCUUGCACCCUACACUCGUCUGUCUGAUUCAUGUUAAUAGCUUGCCCGCUCCACAGCAAGCUGCUCUAUCUGCACUGAUUGGUGAAGUAAUUUAAUGUUGAACUAAAUGUCUUUUUUUUUAUUAUUGAUUUCAGAUAUUUAAAAAUUAAGAGUUAGCAAUGAUAUAAACCGUUACUUUUUGGGGGUUCAAACCGGUUCAGAACUUUAUUUUGCUGGUCGGAACAGUGGAACAGAAUAAAAAAUAUAUAUUUUCACGACGAAAUGAUUGGAAAACAACAUGGGGUUUCAACCCAUGAACGCCAGUGACACAUCUUAAGGCCUCUCAUGAAAUUAUCAAAUUAAUCAUCAAAUUGCUAACAUUUGAAGAGAAAGUGCAGACUCUCCACGUGGUUUUCAAAACAGCCCCACCAACCUGGACUAACAUAGUAAAUGUAAAUCCGUUGACACUCCAAUUAGUCUGGUAUGUUCGUUUAGUCAGUGGUGGAAAAAGUACUCAAUUGUAAUGCUUGAGUAGUCAUGCUUUUUGGCAAAUGAGAAGAAAAGAAGCGACUUUUUAGCUUCAGUUAACCAUCCUGAAAUCUCAUUAGAAAUUAGGUGUACAUAAGCACCAUUUGUGAGAAGUGAUAAUCUUCUAUUUGUAAUAAUAAUCAUAAUAUGUGAUGAGUAUGUGUCACGUUCUGACCAUAGUUCUUUUGUGUUUUCCUUGUUUUAGUGUUGGUCAGGACGUGAGCUGGGUGGGCAUUCUAUGUUGUGUGUCUAGUUUGUCUAUUUCUAUGUUUGGCCUGAUAUGGUUCUCAAUCAGAGGCAGGUGUUAGUCAUUGUCUCUGAUUGGGAACCAUAUUUAGGUAGCCUGUUUUGUGUUGGGUUUUGUGGGUGGUUGUUCCCUGUCUUUGUGUUUUCUGCACCAGCUAGGGCUGUUUCGGUUUUGCUGCGUUUAUUGUUUUGUAGUUUGUUCAUGUUAAGUGUCUCUUAUUAAAGAACCAUGAACUUCAACCAUGCUGCGUUUUGGUCCUCAUCUUCUUCCCAGGAAGAAAGACGUUACAGUAUGACUAUUAGGCGUAGGCAACAGAUCUUGAUGAGAUGUCAUUUAAAGCGAUUGGAGUGCCCUUCGUGGUGCUGAAAGGACAGCUCCAGGAUCGUGCAAUGACGUUAGAGAAGUUCAAUGGAACUGUAGGCUGUCCCAGUAGUCAUAGUCUUGCAUCUGUUUGCAUUUGUUUCAUUGGAUAAUUAAUUAUAUGGCGAGUUUAACAAAUUUCUGUCUUUAAUACUGAACAAAAAUAUAAACGCAAUAAGUGAAAUGUUGGUCCCGUGUUUCAUGAGCUGAAAUAAAAUAUCCCAUUAAUGUUCCAUAAGCACAAAAAGCGAAUUACUCCUAAAAUGUGUUUACAUCCCUGUUAGUGAGCACAUAUCCUUUGCCAAGAUAAUCCAUCCACCUGACAGGUGUGGCAUAUCAAUAAGCUAAUUAAACAGCAUGUUCAUUACACAGGUGCACCUAUGGCACUGUGCUGGGGACAAUAAAAGGACACUCCAAAAUGUGUAGUUAUGCCAUCUCUCUUUUGAAGGACAUAUCAAGACUGUUUCAAGGACAGCUUUUUCCCAUCUACGUAACAUUGCAAAAAAUUCAUCCAUGCUUUUGUCACUUCUAGGUUAGACUACUGCAAUGCUCUACUUUCCGGCUACCCGGAUAAAGCACUAAAUAAACUUCAGUUAGUGCUAAAUACGGCUGCUAGAAUCCUGACUAGAACCAAAAAAUGUGAUCAUAUUAUUCCAGUGCUGGCCUCCCUACACUGGCUUCCUGUCAGGCAAGGGCUGAUUUCAAGGUUUUACUGCUAACCUACAAAGCAUUACAUGGGCUUGCUCUUACCUAUCUCUCUGAUUUGGUCCUGCCGUACAUACCUACACGUACGCUACGGUCACAAGACGCAGGCCUCCUAAUUGUCCCUAGAAUUUCUAAGCAAACAGCUGGAGGCAGGGCUUUCUCCUAUAGAGCUCCAUUUUUAUGGAACGGUCUGCCUACCCAUGUGAGAGACGCAAAACUCGGUCUCAACCUUUAAGUCUUUACUGAAGACUCAUCUCUUCAGUGGGUCAUAUGAUUGAGUGUAGUCUGGCCCAGGAGUGUGAAGGUGAACAGAAAGGCUCUGGAGCAACGAACCGCCCUUGCUGUCACUGCCUGGCCGGUUCCCCUCUUUCCACUGGGAUUCUCUGCCUCUAACCCUAUUACAGGGGCUGAGUCACUGGCUUACUAGGGCUCUUUCAUACCAUCCCUAGGAGGGGUGCGCCACUUGUCUGGGUUGAGUCACUGAUGUGAUCUUUCUGUCUGGGUUGGCGCCCCCCCUUGGGUUGUGCCGUGGCGGAGAUCUUUGUGGGCUAUACUCGGCCUUGUCUCAGGAUGGUAAGUUGGUGGUUGAA